AUGACUUCUUACAUUCAACAAGUAGGAUCUAAACAUAAGAUCACAAUCGAUCCAAAGAAAAGAUUUGAAUUUGGAAGUAACUCAGAGAACGAUGUUAGAAUUUAUACUGCAGGUGUAUCCUCAAAACAUACUUUAAUUGAAUAUGACAAAUCUGGAAAACCAAUUAUUAAGAAUUUAAGUAAAAUCAAUCAAACCAUGGUCAAUGGUAAACCAGUCAAAGAAGCAACCUUGUUAAGAGAUGGCGAUCUUGUUGAGAUUAUUGACAAAAAGUUCCAUUUCCACACCUCUACUUUGCCAUCCACACCUAAAACUCCAAAAUUAUCAAAGGCUCCAAUGAGUGAAAGAAAAAAGGUUCCACUUCAAUCGGUUGAAAAUAUUAUAUCAAAUACUACAAAUACUCCUUCUUCAAAGAACAAAAAGAAAUCAACAAACAACAAUAAUAAUAUAAUUGCACCAACUACCGUUGCCAAGAUCAAUGUUUCAAGUGCUUCGACAUCAUCGAUUGCCAAUAGAAAGAAACCAAUCAAGAUGAACUUGUCAAAUGUUGAGGAGGAAGAGGGUGAAUAUGAACAAGACAGUAGCAGUAACAACAGUAUUGCUGAAUCAUAUGAUGAUGAGCAAUCACAAUCAUCGUCAUCUUUUAUAGAGUCAGUUGUCAGCGGUGGCAGCGGCAACAGCAGUGCCAACACUAGCUUCAACUCUAGUUUUGGUAUUGACCCCAACUCAACUCCAAUUACCCCACAAACACCAUCGCAGUCGGGUUCCAGUCCUCCAUCAACCCCAUACUCUGCCUAUUCCAACAAUUCGUCCUUUUCAGCUGCAAAGUUUGCAACUCCCAUCCCCAUGUCAUCGGCGACCAUGGUCUCAAGACAACAAACACCCGCACCCUCAAAUAACAACAACAACAAUUUGUUUGGUAGUGUUUAUGGAUCGGCAGUGACACCCAUUUCCAAGCCAUUAAAGGGAAUUUUAAAGACUCCAAAGCCAUUUGUAGAGUUUGCCACUCCGUCACCCAAGACGAGCAAGUCACGUGCAUUUGUUGAGAGCUUUGACGAGCAACAAGACCAAGAGAUGGCCGAUAUUGCCGCUCCUCCUAAACGUGAAUCCACCCUCAAGUUCAAGACACCGGUCAAGGGUACCCAGACACCAUCACAAAAGAUUCUCGCCAAAACACCCAUCCCCAACAAGAGAGCUGACCUCGACUCGUCCAUCGAAGGUACUCCCUCCAACACACCCAUCAAGAUGGUUGCCAAAACACCACUUUCCGUUAAAAAGGCUGUCAUCUCUAGUCCAAACAACCAGACAUUAGAGUUUGAAAAGACAGAGGCCAUCAUCCAAGCACCUCUCUUUGUCGAGGAGGACGACGAACAAGAACCACACUUUGACGAGGAAGAAGAGGUUGAAGUAUCUGCAUCUCAACUCUCUAGUCUUGUCGCAGACAAGAAAAAGAAGAGAAGAAAGAGAGUCGUUGUUGCCAAACCAUUGGUCGUAGUCCCAACUCACACUCCAGAUGUCAAGAAAAAUGUUAAAAAGACAAAUUUGUUUGAAAGAAAAAAGGAACAACAACAGCAACAACAACAACAACCAAAGAAACAAACAACCGUUGUCACUCCAGCUCCAAUUGUUCCAGUUGUUGCCGCCCCCACUGCUGCCAAUGCUGGUACCAAGAAACAAAAGAGAACUGUUUUGGAACAAGUUCAACAACAGAGUGAUAUUGUCACAUUUGAUGAGUCAUUUUCUACUGCAACUCCAUCAUCUGUCCGCUCAAAUGCUAGUCGUGUAAAUAUCUCGGUUGAUGAAUCACCAUUCCACACUCCAGUACACUCAAAUAGUCAAAACUCUUCCGUUGUUUUAUCAUCACCAUCCAACUCUGCUGUAAAGAGCCUCUUUGCCUCUGUAAACAAGACUCCACUUUCAAAUAACACUAGCGUUUUUUCAUCUACCCCAGUAUCUGUUGCAAAGACCCCAGUAUCGGUUGCCAAUACUCCAGUAGCCAAGACUCCAGUAUCUGUUGUAAAGACUCCAAAGUCAACCAAUGUUGCCACUACACCAUUGACUGGUGUCAAGGAACUCUUAAAGACUCCAAAGUCUGCCACUCCAGUAUCUGUUUCAAAGACCCCAGUAUCCAAGACUCCAGUAUCUGUUGCAAAGACUCCAGUAUCUGUCGCCAAGACUCCAGUAUCCAAGACUCCAGUAUCUGUUGUAAAGACUCCAAAAUCAUCCAAUGUUGCCUCUGUUGCCACUACACCAUUGACUGGUGUCAAGGAGCUCUUAAAGACUCCAAAGUCUGCCACUCCAGUAUCUGUUUCAAAGACUCCAGUAUCUGUCUUUAAGACUCCAGCACCCCAAGAAGAUGUUGACGAAGAAAUGCAAGAAGAAGACUUUGACGAAGAAAUGGAGGAAGAAGACUUUGACGAAGAAGAGGAAGAAGAGUUUGCCCAAGAAGAACAACUUGUUGAAGAAGUUGAAUUUGAAGAGGAACAAGAAGAGGAAGAAGAAGAAUUGGCAGACGACGAGGAAAUUGAUUAUGGAGAAGAAGGAUUGGAAUAUGUCGACGAUGAAGAAAUAGUCGAAGAACUAGAAGACGACCAACUUGUCCAAGAGGAGGAUGAUGACGAAUACGACUGUGAAAUCGUUGACGACGAGGAAGAAUUGGUUGAUGAAGAAGCCAUUGAUCAAGAAAUAGUUGCCGACAAUGAGGAAAUCGUUGACGACGAGGAAGAAUUGGUUGAUGAAGAAGCCAUCGACCAAGAACAAAUCGUUCAAGACGAAGAAAUUGAGGACCAACUUCAAGAUGAAAUCGUUGACCAAGAAGAAGAAUUGGUUGAUGAAGAAGAGCUCGUUGAACAAGAAGUUGCCGAUGAUGAGGAACUCGUUGACGAUGAAGAACAAUUGGUUGAUGAAGAAGCCAUAGAUCAAGAAGAAUUUGUUCAAGAUGGCGAAGAAAUGGAAGACGACGACCAAUAUGAAAUCGUAGACGGAGAAGAAGAAUUGGUUGAUGAAGAAGAGCUCGUUGAAGACGAAGAAGCCAUUGACCAAGAAGUAGUUGCUGAUGACGAUGAAGACGAAGAAUUGGUUGAAGAAGCUGUUGACCAAGAAGUAGUUGCUGAUGACGAUGAAGAAACUAUUGACGAAGAAGUAGUUGCUGAUGACGAUGAAGAAGUCGUAGGUGAAUUGGUCAAUGAGGAAGAAGAACUCGUUGAAGACGAAGAAAUGGCCAAUGGUGAUUUCGAUGAAUCUGACCAAAUUGCCAAGUUAUCAGAAGAUAUUGAACCAUACAUAGAAGAAGAAAUCAAGGUCGAAGUAGAUACUUCCAAGCCAUCAACUCCAAAGAAAAUCAUGGAAGAGAUUGACGAAUCCGCCGCCUCCAUGUCUGCCAAAAAGAGACGCUCCUCUAUCAGAAAAUCCAUCUCUAAUCCAUUCCAAGCCGACAGAGGUCAAGACAUUAUUGCUGCCCCUGUACAAAUCUCUACUCCAAAGAGAGCUUCCAUCCUUCCAGACACCACUGUCUCGUCUCCAGAAUCCGAAGAGGAAAAGAUCGAACAAGUAGAGGAGGAGGAGGAGGUUGUAGUUGAAGAACCAGAAGAACUCCCACCUUUGACCAAGAGAGGAAGACGUUCAACCAAAAAGUUACCUGAACCAAAGGUUGAAGAGGAAGAGGUAAAGGAAGAGAUCAAGCCAACAAAGCGUUCAUCCAAAAAGGAACAAAAGAAAGAGGAAGAACAAGAAGAGGAAGAAGAGGUGGUUGAGGUCAAACCAACCAAAUCCAAACGCUCAUCUAAAAAGGUUAAAGAAGAAGAAGAAGAAGAAGCAGAGGUCAAACCAAAGGCCAGACGCUCAUCCAAAAAGGUGGAGAAAGUUGAAGAAAAGGAGGAGGAAGAAGUGGAAGAGAUCAAGCCAACAAGAUCAACAAGAGGAAGACGUUCAACCAAAAAGGUGGAGGAAGAACCAGAGGAAGAGGUGGUUGAGGUCAAACCAACCAAAUCCAAAUCAUCUAAACGUUCAUCCAAAAAGGUGGAGGAAGAACCAGAGGAAGAGGUAGUUGAACAAGUCAAGCCCAAGAGAGGCAGACCUUCAACUAAAAAGGUGGUGGUAGUGGAAGAACCAGAGGAAGAAGAGGAACAAGAAGAGGAAGAGAUUAAACCAACCAAAUCAAAGCGUUCCUCAUCCAAAAAGGUGGUCGAAGAGAAAAAGUCCACUGCCAAGAAGAGAUCCAAGAAGGAAUCGGACGAGGAAGAAGAGGAACAAGAAGAAGAAACUCAAGUUAAAUCCUCAAGAAAGAGAACAAAGAAGGAGGAAGAGACCCCACCACCAACCAAGAAAUCUACAAAGAGAUCCUCAAAGCAACAAGAAGAAGAGGUCGAAGAGGAGGAAGAAGAAGUCACUGAAAAGAAGAGAAAGAGUGACAAGGAUGCCAAGAACAAGAGAGGCAUUAAAAAAUCAAAAAAGGAACAAGAGGAUGAAGAGGAAGAGGAAGAAGAAGAAGUCAAACCAGUCAAAAAGACUUCAUCCAGAAGAACCUCCAAGAAAGUUGUCCAAGAAUCUGAUCAAGAGGAAGAAGAGGAACAAGUUAAGCCAAAGUCCUCAAGAGGUAGAAAACCAAAGAAAGUAGAAUCAGAUGAAGAGCAAGAAGAACAAGAGGAAGAGGAAAAACCAAAGACCAGAAGAACAUCCUCAAGAUCAAAAAAAUCAACUAGAUAA